AUGUUGGCAAAUGACAGUCACAAGUUCUAUGAGCUGAUGCCUUUGCUAAACCUUUUGUGGGCCGCUCCAUUGCAAAUCGCUGUGGCGACGUUCUUUCUUAUACGAUUUCUGGGAGUCUCUGCGUUGAGCGUAAAGUUCUUCUCAUGGGAAAUCCCGUAUGUGGACCGCAUCCUCGCCAAACGUGCCGUGGAGAUGGGUUUUGUAAGCAAAGAGCUCUUUCUCUCUGCUUGGACGAUGUACCUACUGAUGGUGUUUCCCAUGUAUGGUAUGCUGGUGACCUUUGUGGUUCAACACCAGAUCACACCGCUGAACUCCGCCGACACUUUUGCUGCACUGAGUUUUUUCAGUAUAUUAAAGUAUUGUAAGUAUUAA